AUGGGCCACGAGUGCGGCAGCUGCUCGUACACGAGGGGUAAGUAUUAUCCACGCGGCACCUCCCAGAAGGACGUGAUUGACAAGAUCAACAGUUCGGAAGAGGAGGCCACGCGUCACGCUCGCCUGAGGAAAGACAGGGUGAGUGGGGAUAACAAGUGCCAGGAUACUGAAGCAGUCAAUGUGAAGCACUCCAGCCAGGUCGAAAGUAAGGGCUACAGCGAUGCUUACAUUGAUGGCUACUUCUGCGAGCUGGACACGUUCGCGAAAGAUCGCAACUUGCACUUCGCCGAUCAGAAUGAGCUGGUGCACUAUAUCACGCAUACCAUGGGGUUCACCUGCGGUACAGGUAAGACGGGGAAGUAUGGGGUAUUCGUUACCGAACUCCCGAGAGGAUGCGGAUCGCAGGCCAUCGUCAGUGACGGUCGGGCCCUCCUUGAGGAAGUUGCCAACAAUUGGACGGCCGAGACGCUCUGGUCGAAGAAGUACAGGGCGAGGGACUUUGAAAACUUACUGACCCGAUUGGCAGCCAAAGCUUCGAAAGUGGCCUCGGUGAUGGGUGAGUCCGAGUCCGCUGAGAUAUCAGAGCAGUUGUACAUGAGCAGCGUGCAGCUUGAGGAAGAACGCAAUUGCUUGGAAACCUUGAGGAGUGAGCCCCAUACCAUUGUCCGCAGCGUUCCCAAGCGUCUCCAUGAUAUCUUCAAAAAGCUGCCCGAUAACAUCAAAGCAAACAUCAUGUCGACCACGUCGUACAAGCUCGCAGCACAUCCAGCUCCUGAGGUCCAGGCUAUGGCACUGGAUGUCGCCAAGUUCGAUUCGCGAGAGGGGGUCCUGUCUGUGGCCAUGCUCGGGGACAACACUGCCGAGUUCGUGACGAGCUGCCAGCGGAACAUGGUCCAGGCCUUCAUCGACAGGGUCGUUAGGAAGAGCUCCCAGUCCGACUUCACCUCGGUCGUGAAGCACUGCGGCGACGCGAUCGGGACGCACUCCGACUUCACGACCGUGGACACCAUGAGCGAGCAGAUAGACACGAAGACUGGUUGGAAUCCGUCUUGCUUUGCCGACUUGAUGGCCCUUCGGUUCUUCGGCGCGACCGCAGAGAUCGACGUGCGUGAGAGGCUCCCGAGGGAGCUUCGUGUCAUUGGGGUUCAACUGCACAACCACAAAGACAAGCUGUCCAACCGUCUUCGUUGCCACAUUCGCGUGAGCACAGGCACCGCGAACUGGGCCAAGGCGGGCUGGGAUAGGAUCUCGGUUGGUGGUGACGGGGAUGCUGAGCUUUGCAGUCUCGCCGCAGAUGUCUUCAACAAGGUGAAGGUGUUCGCGAAGUCGAUCGAUGACCGCGUCUCGGCGCUGAAUGAUACCGACAACCUCGAAGAGGAGGACGGGAGGAUGAACGAGCUCUGGGGGUUACUUGGGACUGCUGCUGCGGAUGUUCAGUUUCGCGACGCGUUGGAUAAGUUCUGCAAGUACAUAGAUAGCAUCGACGACACCGACGGCUCCAUUACCGACGACACCAAGGACGCUAUCUCGGUGAAAGACAAGCUCGUGAAGGCAAUGUGCUCGGCGGCCGCCCGCAUAGGCUCUCACUUCGAUUACUUCUCGGCUGACUUCCACGCCGUCUACCACGAGGGGUACGGGGAGGACGACGUGGAUCCGAUCAAAGUGCUCUACUUCGUAGCCCAAGCCAUCUUGAAUUUCGAGAUCGGUCUGCCCGAGAGAUCCACCAUCAAGGAGACUUUGACCCGCUGUGAGAUUGCCUUGAAAGUGAACGUGAUCAAAAGCCGCGCAGACAUCAAUUCAGAGAAGACGAUCCUUGUGUGGAGUGACGCUUGGCAGACUGAGACCGCCAUGAAGCUAGCGCCCCAACUGGCGGACGACAGCAUCGCGAUGCCCUUUCAGCAGUUCAACGGCAAGAUAUCUUCCUUUACCGUCGGCCAUCCGAUCAUUCAGGUUGUGUGUGGAGUGGUCUCUUUCGAGGGCUGCAGCUUGGCCACUCCCCAGUACAUGCAGACGGUCUUGGAUAUUUGCGGUGCGCUCCCUCCAGAGAUCAAGCCGCUGAUCUCCUCUGCGCAGAACUACCACUUGAUGAAGAAGACGGUCGAUACGAUGGUAAGUGGGAACGUCGUGGGAUGCAUCCAGCUGACGACGGCGCUGAAGGCUCACGGGAGCAUGCAGGAACCAGUGGUCAGCAAGCCCGAGGUGAAGGAGUGGGUGACGCGUCUCACUGAGACGUGGGGCACGUUGUUUGAUUCUACGGUUGGUGUCUUCGAGACCUCCGAGGUGCAGAAGUUCAUGGACAAGUACGGCGAGAAGGGCGAGAACAUCUUGGAGCUCAUCAAGGGCUGGUCGUUCGACACAGGUGGCGGAUGGCUUGGUGCAACGACCAGGGAUGUCAACCGCGAACGCGACAUGAAGAUCGCGCAGGACUUCGUGCUCUCCUUCAGCUCGGUGGAGCGCGUGGUUCGGGAGCUUGUGUCUUCCAGGGCAUCGCUGACCUGGUUGUCCGACAAGCAGCGCGUGAAGCUGGACCAGUGCGCGGAGGAGCUCAAGGACGUGAAGAUGCUCCACGCUAAGUGUGGCAUCAUGCUUGGGAGCAUCAUCCUGACGAAUGCGACGCUCACUGGACAGGCCAGGGACUCGAGUCGGCGCUACGUGUUCGAGAAGCUGCAGGUACGGCAGCAGGACCUCCCGAGCAAGCUCGUGGAGAUGAUGACCUGCAAGAUCGAGGAGCCCGCGGCGGCGGCCGCCGCCGCCUCCGAGCUUGAGGCCUCCAAGGCCGAGACGGCUGAGCCCCCCGCCGAGGAGGCGGCAGCUGCCAAGGCGCCGACGCUAAAGGCGCCUCGCAAGGCCAAGGCAGCUGCAGCAGCUGCGAAGGAG